GAGGCUGGCUGGGUGGGCUGUAGGGCUCUCCCAGCACCCUGGGUGACUCAGUUUCUUCAGCUGAUGAGGCCGGUUCAUCACCACAGCAUCUGAUUUACUGGGCGAGAUGGGGAGCUGGUCGUUGUGUUGCUUAGCAGGACUCGGCCUGCUAGCCGUCCUGCUGACCUGCUGCUCUGCUGAAGUGAACUCCUGCCUGGCGGCCCGGUCCGGUACUUGCUCAGACUGUCUGCAGGCCGGGGUGGGAUGUGCAUACUGCAGCGAAGAGGACUUUGGCUUUCCUCGCUGUGACCUGCAUGAGAAAAUCCUCGCUCACGGCUGCAACGCUGCAUAUGUCAUCAAAGCUACCAGCAAACAGACCAUAGAGCGAAACGAAGCCAUUAAUAUGAACCUUCAGCGGUCUCAGGUGUCGCCACAGGAAGUGAGCAUGACCUUUCUGCCUGGAGAGACCAGAGAGGUGGAUGUGAAUGUGUUUGCUCCCACUAAAGGCCCUUUGGAUCUUUACAUUCUUAUGGACUUCUCAAACUCCAUGAAGGACGAUUUGGACAACUUGAAGAAAAUGGGCAACAAGCUGGCCACAGUGGUGCAAGAAAUUUCAAGUGACUACACCAUUGGGUUUGGAAAAUUUGUGGAUAAAGUAAUUGAGCCCCAGACCGACAUGAGACCUGACAAACUCAAACAGCCGUGGCCGGACAGCGACUCUCCGUUCUCUUUCAAAAACGUCAUUCCACUGAUCAAGGAUGUAGACAGCUUCACAGCAGAGCUCCAAAAGGAGAGGAUAUCUGGCAACCUGGACGCCCCCGAAGGAGGAUUUGAUGCCAUUCUGCAGGCAGCAGUGUGUAAGAAGGAGAUUGGCUGGCGCGAAGGCAGCACUCACCUCUUGGUUUUCUCCACUGAGUCAGCCUUUCACUAUGAGGCUGACGGCGCCAACGUGCUGGCGGGAAUCCUGCAGCGCAACGACGAGGCUUGUCACCUGGACGAAAAUGGUGCUUACAUUCAGGCUACGAAGCAGGAUUACCCUUCGAUACCUACGCUGGUCCGUCUGCUGGGAAACCAUAACAUCAUCCCCAUAUUCGCCGUCACCAACUACUCCUACAUGUACUACCUUAAACUGAAAGAAUAUUUCCCCAUUGCUGAGAUCGGUGUGCUUCAAGAGGAUUCAUCCAACAUCUUGGAGAUCAUGCGGGAUGCCUUUGUGAGCAUCCAGUCUAAGAUGAGCAUCCGUGCGGAGAACAGACCAAAGGCUUUUGGAGCUCAGUUUCUGGACACGACCAAUAAAGAAGUCAGAUAUGGAGCCUUUAACUUCAAGCCUGGAGAAAUU